UCAUUAACUCAGUGUUGUGCUAGAACUUGGUGAGGGAGGGUGUUCCGCCGGCCGCUCGUCUUCACUCUCUGUGAGCUUUCUGUUACAUGGGAUUAUAUACAAGUUAGUGUUGCCGUCCAUCAACCUAAGAGGAUAAAUAAAGAUAAUUACUGGAGUUACAACAGCUAAAGAGUGGCUCCCGCAACACUCGUGGUCUCCAGGCUCCCGCAACACUCGUGGUCUCCAGGCUCCCGCAACACUCGUGGUCUCCAGGCUCCCGCAACACUCGUGGUCUCCAGGCUCCCGCAACACUCGUGGUCUCCAGGCUCCCGCAACACUCGUGGUCUCCAGUUACCCCUAAGUACUUCUGGGAGGCUGCUAGCAGCUUUAGUCGUUCCUAGCUUCUCUAAGCAAGUACUAGUAGCCGCUCGCAGAGUGAACUCCUGAGAUAUCUCCUGGGCUGGGCACUAGUGGCUAGCUGCCAGCAAGUACCAGUAGAAGCUCUCAGCAACGGACGACCGCUGAGGACACCAGCACCACCUGCUGCUGGGACCCACAAGAGGUGUUGCAGAGUACAGGUGUGAGGCCAGGGCACCAGGAGACCUGAUGAUCAACACCCACCUCGGUGCCGCCCUCCCCCGCCCGGCACCCACGCCCUGAAGAAGGCCUCCCACGUCCUUCUCUCCCUGGGCCGCCGCCUCCUGCUACUCUGACCUCUCCCGUCACCAUGACGGAGGUGGUGCUGGACCCCGCCUCCCUCGCCCGGGCACACAGCGACAGUGGCAUCAGCUCACAGAGCUCGAGCAGCAGCAAUCCUGAUGGGGCUGUGGGCGUGUCGUCGCGGGCGGACCUGGUGCUGGAGGACGAAGAGGAGGAGGUUACCGGGGACUGCGGGUGGUUGUGCCUCCGGCCAGAGAAGCUGCAGAAGACCCGCACCGCCAAGUGGGUCCUCUUCUGGCUGUGUUGGGCAGCGGCCGCUCAAGGCAUGGUAGUGAACGGCUUUGUGAACGUGUGCAUCACUACAAUAGAGAAGAGAUUUGAUCUGCGCUCAACUGACUCAGGCCUAAUAGCUGGAGCGUAUGAUAUGGCUUCAGUGUUGUGUUCAAUACCGGUGUCGUACCUCGGGUCGCGACCAGGAAGCUCCAAGCCCCGCUGGCUAGGCUGGGGAGUCUUCAUCAUCGGCCUCGGCUCCUUCGUCUUCACGCUUCCCCACUUCGGCUCUCCAGCAUACAGCCCCAGCAGCAGCGAUCUCACCUCCAUCCUCUUCUGUCUGCGGGAGGGUACCCGGGAGACCCACUGUGGUGUGGCGGUGGAGAACUGGCUGUCGUCUUUCCGCCACAUCUUCGUACUGGGCCAAUUCCUACAUGGUGUGGGCGCCACCCCGCUCUACACACUCGGCAUCACCUACCUCGAUGAGUCUGUGCCAGUCAAGAUGUCCUCCAUGUACCUCGGCAUCUUCUACGCCAUGGCGGUGCUGGGGCCGGCCCUCGGCUACCUCCUGGGCGGUCAGUUCCUCAAAGUCUACAUUGACUCUCCGUCCGUCGAUCCUGAUAGAUUUGGAUUGCGUGUAAACAGCGACCUGUGGCUGGGAGGCUGGUGGAUUGGCUUCCUGGUGUCGGGCACAAUCUCCAUCCUCAUAUCCUGGCCCAUCAUGGGUUUUCCAUCCCACCUCCCAGGUGCAAAGGCAAUCAAGGCGGAGAGAGUGUCUGAGGCCCAUGGAACUGGGAGCUCCUCAGUGGCUGCGUCAGGAGGGUUUGGGCGGUUGAAGGACCUCCCUCAAGCGGUUCGGGUGCUGGCGUGUAACCCAACCUUUGUGGCGCUCUCUCUGGCGGGGGCCACGGAAGGCAUUCUCCUCACAGGGUUUGCUACUUUUAUGCCCAAGUUUAUAGAAAAUCAGUUUAGCAUUCCGGCGAGCUAUGCUGCUUUGAUUGUUGGAUUCGUGGUGGUGCCGGCAGGCGGCGGCGGCACCUUCCUCGGAGGGUGGCUGGUGAAGCGUUUACAGCUGCGCUGCUCCGGGAUCCUCAAGAUGUGCAUAAUAUUCUCUCUCAUCUGCCUCCUUUCUUGCUUCACCUUCGUUAUUUCGUGCCCUAACAUUGACUUCGCAGGGGUCAAUGUUGACUAUAGUAAUAAGUCUGUGACACCAAGUUCGCCGAACCUGACAUCGUGGUGCAACACUGACUGUGGGUGCCAGGACGUGGCUUAUGACCCUAUCUGUGGCACCAAUAAUGUCAUGUACUUCUCCCCUUGCCAUGCCGGCUGCACCGGUAUGGAGAAGGGGCAGGAUGGUCUUAAGGUGUUCACAGGAUGUGUGUGUGUGGCGGGCGUGACCCCCGCCCACCAGGUCCCCCCCGCCCCCAGCAUCAGGGCCGGGGUGGGGGACGCACGACUGGCCCCUGACUCCGCCCUCAGAGAGAAAUGUCCUGCAGGGUGUUCACUCAUGGCCAUCUUCCUAGUCAUAUUCUUCGUUGUGAUGAUUCUUACUUUUAUCAUUAGUUUACCUGCUCUCUCAGGUACCUUGAGGUGUGUGCCCGACUCUCACCGCUCGUUUGCGCUGGGCCUCCAGUGGAUAGUGGUUCGUCUACUGGGCACCAUUCCGGGACCAAUCCUCUUUGGUGCUCUCAUUGACAACACGUGCAUCCUGUGGCAGUCAACUUGCGGCAAGGGCGGUGCCUGUAGAAGCUAUGACAAUUUCUAUAUGAGCAGAUACAUGAUGGGCAUCUCGAUCAUCUUCAAGUUUUUAUCUACGGUGCUCUUCUUCGUGUCUUGGUGGCUGUAUGAUGCUCCAGCGGAGGGCCGCGGUGCAGCCUCGCCCGCCACCACUUACUGCGCCACUGACGCCCCUCACGCUCCUUCACAUUCACCACACACCAAGGACUCCAAAAAUGUGAAGGACCUGAGAGGCAUUGAUAACCCUGCAGCGGAUUUCUCGUGAGAAGCAGCACUGGCAUAGAACUUAAGUUGUGCGUGCGUGCGUGAAUGUGUGCACGCGCUUGUGCGUGCGCGUGAAUGUGCUCAUGCGUGUGUAUAUAUAUUUUUUUUUAUUCUACGACAAAAUACUGGUCUAGGUCUUUGGUACUAUUUUUUAUUGACAAUCCUUUGUUAGUGUUGACGUCUUGUGUUCGUGUACGUUUGUUUAAUUUUGGGCAUUUCUAUGCCUGCAUAUUUUAUUUGUAUUUUUUAUAUUAAACAUAGCAACCUUAUAUAUUUUAUCUUCAUAGCUAAUUUAUCUCUACAAUGAAUUUUACUUGAAUUUAUAUUACAUUUAAUAUUUUUUUUAGCUGGGCAUUUUGAGAAAGUUGUGUACAGUAAUCAGCUGGUCUUAAAAUGCACGACAUUUAAUAAUCAUUACUGAUCAAUUCAUCAUGUUUAUUUUGUAUAAAAAACAUAAUUUUGUGGUUGAUAUAUAAGGCCAUGACUCUAGAUUUAUAAAGCUGUUUUUGCCCUGAAGUGUUCUUGGAGAGCCAAACCUGUCAGAAAUGAUCAUACGGUUUUGAAGAACACACCAAAACCUGUUUAUCUUGCCCUCUCCCCCAUAGUAUGUAGCACCGGUACAAACAUGUUGUGAUCGAGCACCUAUGUCACUUUUAGACGAGAACACAGUGUGGGUAUAAAGACGCUUGAGUUAAAACAAUAACCAGCGAGUUACUUUCAGUGUCUGGAGUGCUGUUAACUAUGGAUUAUAUCUACUCUCAUUUAAUUUAGUGUAGCAAAUUAUUCUUAUCCGUCCAGACAUUAAGUUUAAUUUUAAAUAUAAUCCAUAUUAAAAAGCAGCCAGAUGGGGCUCGUAUAACAGCUCCAGACACGUUCUUUGUAUUGUGACAAUAUCUUGAAGUGCCAGUUAGGGCUGGAUGCCUAAAAAUAUGGAUCAUUUACUUAAAAGAUAAAGGUAUGGUGCCUGCAAAAAAAUUAAGGUGGAUACCUGAAAUAAGGGUAGAGUUCCUUGCAAUAUGGGUCGGGUUCCAGACAAAAGGGACAAAUCCCUAAUAUAUAUUUUUUGUUGGUUCUCGAUUGUUAAUAGCUUUAUGAAUUAAAUAAGCAAGUCUAUUUUUGUAGAAUAUUUACAAAUAUGUUAGAAGACCUUUGAAAGUGACGUGUAAAAUAAGUUUCAAGUAUAUACUGUAUAAUAAAUCUUAAAUUAU